CUGUCCGCGUGCGAGCCGUACCUAAUUUGCCGAGAUUUGAAGCGAGGAAUUAGAACACCACGCAAAUUUACAAGUUGAUAAGAAAAGAGAAGAGAUCUUUGCUCAAUUUUCAUUCAAAGAGAAAACUUGUCUUUCGAUCCGGAGCUAGGUCUUUUACUUUACCCUCCUUUCUCUAAAUUUGAUCAAUUUUCGGAUUUUUUUUGUGGGGGGUUCAUUUUAUUUUGAAAGUAUCUGGAUAUUUGGAUUUGACUGCAAUGGUUUUGAUUCUUUUGAAAGCCAGAGGAUUUUUAGUCUGUGAUACAAUUGUAUUUUACUUCAAUACAAUUCUUUUGCUUGUCUGUAUUCAUCUCCGUUUCUCUCUCUGCCAUGUUAUUGCUUUCAGUUGUUAUUCAUUAGAGAAGAAUCGAUCUAGACUUUUUCCCUUCCUUCUUUACGUUUCUUUAAACAUUAGUUAUCAAUCCUAGUCAAAUCUUUUGUGUACAUUCUGUUGUUAGAAUUUUUGUGGUGUUUGAUAGCGGCAACUAGGCAAGUAAGGAUUCCCUGGUUUUAACGACUUGGAACUUGGAAGUUUUGAUUGUGUCGGGAAGAAGAGGUGUUGUACAUUGCAGGGAUAACCUUGUCUUUUUGCCCCUUCGAAGAUAUUUGUUAUUUUCUCCCUCAAACUGUGGUAACUUAUUAGUUAGAUUAGAUGGGAUUUUUUAUUAUUAAUGCAAAAUUUGAGUUCUAAAUUUGAAUUUUUUUACACUUUUAUGUUAGUUAUUACACCAAGUGCUAGAAUAUUGUAAAAUGCCCAGAAAAUUGGACAAAAAAUAGAGAUCUAAGCUUGACAUGCACAUAGCAUCUAGUUUGACGUCUUGAAAAAUGCAUAACUGUUUUUUCUUUUGAUCUAUUAGUAUUCAUGUUACUUUUUAGAAGGACCGUUGUAUCAAAAGUUAUAGCUCAAAUCAGCACUUGUUUUUUUUUUUUUUGGUACAUUGCCAGGAGGUAUCCCCAUUCAACCUUCUCCGGGCACCAUGCCCUCGGGGUACGGCCCGUUUGGGCUAGCCCCUCAUUGUAACAGUGGGUGCACUAAGCUUCGCAACCGGAGAAAGGACGAGACUAAUCCCCCAACCAAAGAUUUUUGGCUUAUCCUCUGGCCCCCAAAGAUUUUCCAAGAAACUGCUUGAGGCAGGGUUUGAUCCCUGCGCCAAGCAAUCCCUUCGGAGCUCAGCUGCCAACUGAGCUACCCUUGGGGGUUAGCACUUGUUUUUUUAGUUAGUCCCUGUUGUGUAAUAUUCCACCUCUAGAUUUUGCAGAAAUUGCUGUCAAGGAUAAAGAUAUUUUCCUGCCAUCACUUGUUUAUUAAGUUUAUCCUCAAAAUCUUUCAUCUGCUUAAUAGUUGCCUAUGUAUCUACUGUUACUCAAGAAAUGAGUCUGUUUCUCACUUUAUUACUUCUUUAUUUUCUGUGCUUUGCUUGCAAACUUAAUUUAUGGGAACUUUAUGUUUCUAUGUUGAUCAAAGAACUUUUUGAUGUCAAGCAGUUUGUUUGUUUAUUUGUAAUUUUUUUUAUACAGAACGAAUCUUUCUAGUCAAUCUCUGAAGAUUUUGUUGCAUUUCAUUUGCAUCUGCUCCUUAUGUGCUAGGUUCUCUCAGCUAAUGGUGAAAACAAAGCAAAGGCGCACAGGAAAAAUUCCUGUUAAAAAAAGUGGUACUGCACAUUGCCUUAUUGAUUCUCCAAGCUGUGAUAAUCAGCAUCAGGAUGGUGAUUGGAUUAUAGUGAAAAAGCAGAGAGUCACCAUUCUGGUGCCUGCUGCGCCUCUUAGCGAAAGACCCUUAACAGUGAACCAAGGACCCAGUGACAUGCAUCGUAUGCCACCUGAAACAGCAAGUAACCACGUGCAACUUCCCAUGGAAACAUCUACUGUACAUCUUUCCGGUAAUGAACAUGAGAACACCAUUGUACUGGUUGCCCAAAAGGAGGCUCAUGCUGCGAGAAGAGCUCCCCCUCCCCCACCGAAAUCAACUUUAGCCAAUCCACCUCAGGUAGAUCAAAGAAUAGAAUCAGAAAAUCCACAUCAAGUGAGUAUUUUGAAUUCACAUAAUUUACUUGGAGUAUCUAAUACAUCAAAAGCUAUAAAGCAGCCCAGAACAUUACUUGCACCAAGGUUCUCCAACUUAGCUACCUUAAGUCAAGGUCUGAGAGCAUCAAAUCUUGAGAGAAAGCUUGAAAGAGCUGGUGGGUUGAGCAAGUGGCUAACAUCACUUGGACUGGGGCAGUUUGUGAGAAUUUUUCAGGGGAAGUGUGUAAGUAAGUAUCAGCUGGUAAAUCUAACCAUGAAAAAACUCAAAGAUAUGGGCGCUAGUGCAGUGGGACCUCGCAGGAAACUGAUCCAUGCCAUCGACUGUGUUUGCCAGCCAUAUUGCUUCGAGGCGUUAUAGAAGUCUAUAAGGUUUUGAAACUAUAUACACAAACGAUCCAAGACAUGGUACAAAUGCAAAACUUGGUCUCUGGAUGCUCUUGUGAUUGUUCAUAGCACUUCGGUCUCAGAUAGUAUCUACUCAUGUAUAUAUAACUAUAGGCAAGUUAUUCACGAAACACUGUACAAAAGAGGCUUUUAGUAGACAAACGACAUAAGUAAGAUGGUGAACUGGCUGGCAUCUCAAGCGACAGCUUUACAAUUGAGACCAAUUUUGUUUCUAUAUUCAAGUUUUA